AAAAGUCAAGAGGCGCAAUUGCAUUCCGUCUGUCUUUCUCCUUCUCUCUCCGUUCUGAUUCCCAUCCUCGGAUUUUCUGACGGGGGAGAGGAGAGAAAGAAAGGAAGGGAGAGAAAAAAACGUGGGCAGCAUUUCUCUCCUCUUUCUCCUCCCUUCUCUCUUUCUGCUCGAAUUCCCUUUGCAUUUUCCGGUCAGCAGAAUCGGGCAGCAUGAACGAGAAGGCUUCCGUCACCAAAGAGCUCAAUGCCAAGCACAAAAAGAUAUUGGAAGGACUUCUUAAAUUGCCAGAGAAUAGGGAAUGUGCUGACUGCAAAAGCAAAGGUCCGCGAUGGGCAAGUGUAAAUUUGGGAAUCUUCAUCUGCAUGCAGUGUUCUGGAAUCCACAGAAGUCUAGGAGUACACAUUUCAAAGGUACGAUCUGCUACACUCGACACAUGGCUUCCAGAACAGGUUGCAUUUAUUCAAACAAUGGGAAAUGAGAAGUCAAAUAGCUACUGGGAAGCAGAACUGCCUCCAAAUUACGACAGAGUCGGGAUUGAAAAUUUCAUUCGAGCGAAAUAUGAAGAGAAGAGAUGGGUUCCAAGGAACUCAACAUCAAAAUCACCUUCUAAGGCACGGGAAGAAAAAGCUUCCAUACCCAAGCAGAGAGCUGGGGACAGAGGUGGCCAUGGAUACACCAAUAGUGUAGAGCCUCCUUCCGAGGAGCGUAGAAACCUUCCACCUCCUACUGCCAAAAUUCAAAUGCCUGUUGCUCCCAAGGUUUCUGAUCAGGUUUCUUCUAAUUCAAAAGCAGAGCCGGUCCCGGUGCAGGCUGAUUCAACACAGAAAGUGCAACCUACACCCAAUAUCCCACCUCCAAAGGUUGAUUAUGCCACUGAUCUUUUCAAUAUGCUUUCUAUGGAUGGCCCAAGUCAAAAUGGCUCAGAGUCAUCUUCUGUUGACGAUAUUUCUUGGGCGGGAUUUCAGUCUGCAGAAGCAACAGACACAACAGAGAAAGUUGGCUCUGCGAAGCCAGUAGAAAGUAAGGCCCAACCAAUGUCUGGAAUUGAGGACCUAUUUAAAGACUCGCCGUCAGCUACUCAGCCUCCAGUUUCUGUGAAUUCCCAGAAGGAUGUAAAGAAUGAUAUUAUGGGCCUCUUUGAAAAGUCCAAUAUGGUGUCACCAUUUUCCAUCCAUCAACAACAACUUGCAAUCCUGGCUCAGCAGCAGUCUCUUCUCAUGGCAGCAGCAGCAAAGUCUGGAGGUGGUGUCCCAGCAUUUCCUGGGAAACCCCUUCAGCCCGGAUCUAAAGAUGUCCAAAUGCUUGGUGGCAGCUUGCCAGCACAAAACUGGCCAAAUCUCGGCUUUCAGAUUCCUGGAAUGAUGAUGCCGGUAGUGGGACAAAAUGAUCUACAUAAACUUACGCAGAUGGGAAACAUGAGACCAGCACAGCCUUUGGGGAAUUCUGGUUCUUUUCCAACACCCAGCAUGUACACCAUGGGAACAGCUGCGCCUGCCAAUGGAGUGGCCACCAGUGGAGUCCAUAGGCCUCCUUCGGCAUCUUCCGUCUCACCUGUUACCAGCACCAAAUCCGCCACUGAUUAUGACUUCUCGUCACUAACGCAAGGGAUGUUCUCAAAACCCUAGGCGGUCAGGAUGAGCUGCUGGACCGCAUGUUGGUUUUGGUCUUCCCUUAACAGUGGUGAUUUACAGGAAAUAUAGCAUUUGGAAUCCCCUUCUCCAUUGUUGGUGGAUUGUAAGCUAUUUGUAGAGGCAGUUACUGUUCUUUCUUUCUUUUUUGGGCUCUAUUUGUAUGAGUAGGUAUAUUGGAGUAAUAAAGAUGGGUUUAAAUUGUUAAAA